GGAAUUCUGAAUAUUCUUUGUCACUCGUUCUACAUCAUCUGAUACACGAAAGGAAUCGUUGAUAGAUCCUAGAGAGAAUCAAAAUCAUCAUGUCAUCCAACGCGACCAAAGAUCUUGUCACAGAAGCCAAAAACUUUAGUUCAAGUCUAGAAAAUGUAUUCCUUUUGAAGAAAAGAGACCAACAGAGUAAACAUUUGUUAGAGAAAGCCAAGGCAUUGAUUGAUGGGCUCUUGGUUGAAGCUACCAAGUCGAGCACGAAGAAGCCGGCUGUUCCACCAAGACCAUCUCGUACUGCUGGUGGUAUGGGACAGUUAUGGGUUAAAUUAGACGAACUUAAACGAGAAAAUGAAGACUUGAGAAGAUCUCGCGGAAGAUCAUCAGAUGAGCGGUCAUCACCUGGAAAGGUUCAAGGUCCUGGAGAUGUUAUUAUUAACGAUUUACAUAAAACUAAGACUGAAAACGAUUCAUUGAAAGCUAAAGUAGAAAAGCUUCAGAAAGAAGUCAAGGAUUUGCAGCACAUCAAUGCAACCGUGCAAGAUGAAUACAAACGCCAUAAAGUAGGUUUUGAUACAGCACAGAAAUCAGUGGAAAGAGUUCGUCAAGAUUAUAAGAGUUUAGAAGUCACAUUAACCAACACCAAAAAAGAAAACGAUACUUUAAAGCAAAAGUUAACGAGUAGUGUAAAACCCAUACCCAGAACCGAUAAUCGUUAUACAGAAAAUAUCAGUGAACGAUGUCGACCGACGAAUAUAGCUAUGAGAUAUGAUACAUUAGAAAGUCAAGAAUGGAUGGAUGCUAAAGAGAAUCUAGAAGAUACUACAGGCAUGGAUGAAGAAGCUAUAACCAAGUUCCUGUGUGAUAUUAUUAUGAGAUCGUACCAUGCUUCCCAAGAUAUAUACAACUACUUAGAAACAGUUAUAGCAGAAUUAAUUAGAAGACCAUCCUUAGCGAAAUCAAUUUGUGAGAAUAUAUCAAAUGGGGAUAUUGCUGCUCUUCCAGAUGAAAUGACAGAUUCUCUAAGAAUAAGUUUGCGGCAGAUCUGUGAUGAUUUGGACCCUUUCGACUUUGUGGAGAAUAUUAAACAGAGUCUUCCACGAGAUCAACGUUCUUUGUUAAGCAACAAAGCCGUACAUAGAUAUAUAAGUGAAGCAUCGCGGGUUACAUGGCAAAUGAUCUUGCAGCAACCACAAAUGACUCUUGUUGCAGACGAUCCUCAGUAUGAUGACGUAAAACACAAGUUAUGGUGGGCCUGUGAUAAGAAUAGUGCUAAUAAGGUUGAUUAUUACGUAUGGCCGGUUUUAUAUGACUAUGAUCAUGGAAAUAUUUUAGUAAAAGGAUGUGUUUGCACCAAAUAA